AUGGAAGUACGAAUGCACUACGACGAUGCUGCCUGGGAAAUAAGCGAUAAGAUUGCCGAUGCCUGGCCGAACCGCAUUUUCGAUCCAGUUGUUUUCAAUCAGAUUGGACAUUUUCUUCUCGAGCACUACCAGGCUGGUGACGCCGUUCAAUUUACACCUUUACCGACAGGGGCUUUCAAUCUGGCUCUGCGGAUGAAAUUCGAAAGAACCCGCGAUGCUAUCAUACAGUUCCCUUUACCUGGUGCUAUCAUGUUCCCUGAAGAAAAGGUUCGUAAUGAGGUCGCGGUCGUGCGGUUUAUCGCAUAUAAAUCUGCGAUUCCGGUUCCGUUUAUCAUUCACUCAGGCCGGAAAAUGGAAAGCCCAUCACAAGUGGGACCUUUUAUCAUCAUGGAAUAUGUCGAGCAUCACGCAAAUAUGUUCGAGAUCCUCAAGACCCCGGGGCGUCCAAACCAUGAACGAGUAACACUGAACCCAGAUAUCAGUCCCACCAUACUGAGGGGUUUCUACAGAGAAAUGGCGAGCGUCCUCUUGUCGUUGUCAAAACUGUCCCAGGAAAAGAUAGGGUCUCUUUGUCAGGUUGAUGAUACUACUUGGGAAGUAGCCGCCCGGCCUCUGUCUCUACACAUGAACGAACUUGUACGGCUAGGGACUCUGCCCCGGUCGAAAUUACCAGUCAGCACAUUUAAUUCAGCGUCUUCUUACUUCGAAGCUUUGGCUGAAUUACACAUCUCACACCUUAUAAGCCAAAAGAACGAUGCGGUGAAUUCAGCCGAUGACUGUCGGCGCAAAUUCGUUGCUAGGUUCCUCUUUCGGAAAAUUGUUCGAGACCAAAAUCACAAAUCGCAGUGGAUAUUCUCUGAUAAUGGCCCCUUUCCGAUCUGGUGUGACGACCUUCGACCAGGAAAUGUUCUGGUAGAUGCUGACCUCAAAAUUGCUGGGGUAGUAGACUGGGAAUUCACAUACGCCGCCCCAGUUGAAUUCACUCAUGCACCGCCUUGGUGGCUUAUCCUCGAAAAGCCAGAAUAUUGGCUCAAAGGGCUUGAUGAUUGGUGUAUAGAAUACGAGAAACGACUGCAACUCUUUCUCGAGGGUAUGACUGAUUGCAAAGAGAAGGAACUCCCAGGCAAGCAGCGGCUAUCUGAUCGAAUGAGACACAGCUGGGAGAGUGGCGACUUUUGGAUCAUGUACGCCGCCAGGAACAACUUCGCUUUUGACGCCAUAUACUGGAAGAAAAUCGACCAAAGAUUCUUCGGACCGACCAGUCAAUGCAAUAAUAUUUGUGAUAGAUGGAAAGAUAGACUGGGUCUCUUGGAACCUGAUGAAAAGGAACUUAUGGAGAGAUGUGUGCAACUGAAGCUUACAGAAAUGGAACUUAAAGAUUUGGCUUGGGAUCCGGAUGGGUACACUGCUGAGUAUCUCAAGAAUAUGGAUGCUUGA